CCUCGACAGAACCGGGUCGAACAGUUUAAACUCGUCGUAUCUUCAGGACCUCGACCUCAGCAGCGAAACAGACAAAGCUGGUGGAGCAAUACCCCAAAAACGUACAGCUGUGAUUGCAAAGAAAGAUCUGUUUUUUUCUCCAUCAACGUGCUUCUGUGGACAGACAUGUCGGGCAAAGUCGCCGUGGUAACAGGAAGCAACAAGGGAAUCGGACUGGCCAUCGUCCAAGCGCUCUGCAAGCAGUUCCAGGGGGAUGUCUACCUCACCGCUAGAGAUGUCGGUCGAGGUCAGGCUGCCGUGGAGUCUCUGGCCUCUGAGGGACUGAAGGCCAUCUUUCACCAGCUGGACAUCAACAACCUGAACAGCAUCACCACAGCUGCUGCUUUCUUCAAGGAGAAGUAUGGAGGAGUGGACAUCCUCAUCCAUAACGCUGGGAUAGCAUUCAAAGUUGCAGACACGACUCCGUUCGCUGUCCAGGCAGAGGUGACCCUCGAGACAAACUUCUUUGCUGCCAGAGAUGUCUUGACUCACUUCCUGCCGCUCAUCAAACGUGGAGGCCGUGUGGUGAACAUCUCAAGCUUUGUAGGUCCCCGUACUUUAAACAAGUGCAGCGCGGAGCUGCAGCAGCGCUUCCGCAGCGAGGACAUCACAGAGGAUGAGCUGGUGGCACUGAUGCAGAGAUUCAUUGACAAGGCCAAGAAAGGAGAGCACAAGCAAGAUGGGUGGCCUGAAACGCCGUAUGGAGUGUCGAAACUGGGACUGACAACUCUGUCCAUGAUCCUGGCUCGCCGCCUGUUGAAGGAGAGACCAAAUGAUGGGAUCUUGCUGAAUGCUUGCUGUCCAGGUUGGGUUCGCACCGACAUGGCAGGUGAGGCAGCAGAGAAGUCACCAGAUGAGGGCGCCGUCACUCCGGUUUAUCUGGUGCUGCUUCCUCCCAAAAUCACUGAACCUCACGGAAAGUUUGUCUCUGACAAGGAAGUUCAGCCGUGGUGAAAGUACUGCAGUUAACUAGAUAAUUUUAAGGGUUUACAGAGAUGAUGUAUUACUGAAAUUAGUCAAAUAUAGGAACAACAUUGCCUUAUUACCUAAAAACAUACAAUGCAAAGUUUUUAUAUACACUCAACAAAUGUUAACAAAUAGAUGUAUUGCUUUUUUGCUUAAAAGAAUGUACUGAAUUGAUGUACUAAAACUGUAUACACUGUGUUGAAAGAAGGGAAACUGAGAGCCAGGAGGGCCCUCGAUAUGAGCAACAGCAGGAAGGAGAAAUGUUAUAGUUGUAAAACAUAUAGAGUUCUAAGAAAAAGUUUUUACCACCUUCCAGAUUUCUUCAGUUUUUUUUUUGUAUUACAAUACAGUUUUCAGGGCAUCAAACACAUUUCAAUGUUUGAAAAAGAUAAUCAGAAGAAAAUGCAAAAUGCUACUUUUAAAUAAUGCUUUGUUUAUUAAGGGAUAUAGCUAUGCAGAUCAUCCUAGGCCUUUGUGAAAAAGCAAUGCCCCCCUAAACCUAUAGCUGGUUGUGUCACCUUAAAGUCUGGAAAAUGAUUAGGUCAUCUUAACACUUUUUCUAAUAUAAUUUUAAAAAUAUUAUAUCGGAAGAAUUUGUUUGCUUUUUCUUUGUUUUCCUGUUGAGAUAUUUGAGGUAGGGGUGUCGACUCUGUGCUGUCCAGCCUUUGCGAUCUUUUUUUCUGUUCAAUAAUAAACACUGACCUUGACUGAGGCAAGUGAGGCAUGCAAAGCUGUAAGUGUUGUUGUGGGAUCUUCUGUGACCUCUUGGAUGAGCUGUUGAUUCACUUCUGGAGUAAUUUCAGUAGGCUGGCUACUCCUGGGAUGGUCCAUCACCGUUCCAGCCUUUCUCCAUUUGUAGGUAAUGGCUCUCACUGGACUUUGCUGGAGUCCAAAGUCUUGGAAAUGGCUUUGACUUUGUUUCUCAUCUGUUCUUGAAUUUCGGUGGAUCGGCAUGAUGUUUUGCUUUUUGACAUAAUUUAGCCUACUUUAAUUUGUCAUUGAGGGUCUGUUAAGUAAGUUAUUGAUUGUACAUGAGUUGCAGUAAUGUGGCUAAUGAAAUUAAUUUGAAUAAAUGUGGGUGAUUUGAGUAAUUAUAUUGAUCAGCGGGGUAUGUAAUUAUUUUUCACAUGGGGCCAGGUUGGCCUGCAAAGAUUUCCCUCCUCUUUCAUAUAAAAAAAUCGUUAUUUUAAAAGUGAUUUUAGUAUUUAUCCAGGUUAUCUUUGCAUGAUGUUCAAAUUAGCUUGAUGAUGCAACACAUUUAGUUGUGUCAAAAAGGCAAAAAGAUUAAAUCUGUUAGGGAGCAAAUACUUUUCCACAACAAUGUAUCUGUCUGAUCAUCAUACUGUACAUUUAACAAUAAAUUUACAAUUCAAACUUU